AUGGCGCAUUACAGGUUCAGCAUGCAGCAUGUUGAGGCCUUUAAAGAGAGUAUCUAUAAAACUAAAGAAGAAAUUGAAGAUAACCUGGAAACUGAGGAUAGCUGGGGAAGCUGGUUGCUCACCCUCCUCCUCUCCCCUGUAAGAAGUGGUUUGGCUUCUGGUGAAAACCAUUGUUUAAAUCUGUCUGGCAUUUGCAGAAGAGACAUCUGUAAAUUAACAGAGGAUCAGAUUGGUGCCUGCAAAAGAAGAUGGAGAUGCUGUAGAUCGUGGUGGAUUCUUAUACCAAUUCCAACACCACUUAUCUAUUCAGAUUAUCAAGAACCCCUUAAGCAUAAAUUAAAAUGA